AUGGUUUCAGCUAAAAUUUUACUGCAUUCCCUUGUAGCCAUUCGCUGCUUCAAUGGGUAGUAGGAAAACUGAGGCAGUCUAUUGAUUGCAAGUUGACGUCACAUCAAUCAACGUGAAUCAUUAUUGUCAAAACAUUGUUGUUAAAAUAGUGAUUUAAAUUAUACUAGUUUAAAAUGUCCUCAAUGCGCAUGAAAGCAGCAAAAUGUCCCUCGGACGAAUUAGCAGUCACCAACUGCGCUCUUAUCAACCCGGAUGAUUUUCCCAGUGAUGUUAAGCAUUUAGAGAUCUCAACUGGACCUUCACAACACUUUGUCUUCAGCAUCAGAUUUUACAAUGGGGUGGACCGAGGAACAGUUGGUUUCUCAGCACCGCAAAGGAAAUGGGCUACAUUGUCCAUUGGACAGAGUAUUGAUGUGAAACCCUUCAAACCAACAAAUGCUGAUUGCUUAUGCAGUGUCACCAUGGAGGCUGAUUUUAUGCUGAAGAAAACGACAUCUAUGGAGCCCUACGACUCCGAACAAAUGGCUCGUGACUUCCUGAUUCAGUUCUCGAAUCAAAUGUUCACGGUUGGGCAACAACUCGCUUUCUCGUUCCAGGAAAAGAAAGUACUCUCGUUAAUCGUGAAAAAUCUAGAAGCUGUGGAUGUACAAGCCUUGGCUGCUGGUUCCAACGCAGUGCCUCGUCGAGUCAGAAUGGGCAGAUUGCUUCCGGACGCUUGUAUCCAAUUCGAUAAAGCAGAAAACUCUUCAUUAAACCUCAUUGGCAAAGCUAAGGGUAAGCAGCCUCGUCAGUCUAUCAUCAACCCAGACUGGGAUUUCGGCAAAAUGGGAAUCGGUGGUCUGGACAAUGAAUUCAACGCUAUCUUCAGACGAGCGUUCGCCUCCCGUGUCUUCCCACCCGAAGUUGUUGAGCAGCUGGGCUGCAAACACGUGAAGGGUAUAUUGUUGUUUGGCCCACCCGGUACUGGUAAAACAUUGAUGGCCCGUCAGAUUGGUAAAAUGUUAAACGCUAGAGAACCGAAGAUCGUCAACGGUCCACAAAUAUUGGACAAAUAUGUUGGCGAGAGUGAGGCUAAUAUCAGGAGAUUGUUCGCGGACGCUGAAGAAGAAGAAAAAAGGUGUGGUCCAAACAGUGGCCUUCACAUUAUAAUCUUUGACGAAAUCGAUGCCAUCUGCAAAGCGAGAGGCUCCGUCGGAGGCAACACCGGAGUCCACGACACGGUUGUCAACCAACUGCUCUCCAAGAUCGAUGGGGUGGACCAAUUGAACAAUAUUUUGGUAAUCGGUAUGACGAACAGACGGGACAUGAUAGACGAGGCUCUACUCCGACCUGGUCGCUUGGAAGUCCAGAUGGAAAUCGGUCUACCCGAUGAGAAAGGUCGCGUUCAGAUAUUGAACAUCCAUACCAAGCGUAUGAAGGAGUAUAAGAAGAUCGCUGAAGAUGUGGACUCCAAGGAAUUGGCGACCCUCACGAAGAACUUCUCAGGCGCAGAAAUCGAAGGUCUCGUUCGUGCAGCUCAGUCCACUGCCAUGAAUCGUCUUAUUAAGGCAUCGAGCAAAGUGGAAGUGGAUCCCGAAGCCAUGGAAAAACUUAUGGUGGAAAGAGGGGAUUUCUUACACGCCCUUGAAAAUGAUAUCAAACCGGCAUUCGGUACAGCUGCGGAAACUUUGGAAAAUUUCCUGACUCGUGGUAUUAUUAAUUGGGGAACACCGGUUUCAUCUCUUUUGGAAGACGGACAGUUAUACAUCCAGCAGUCGAGAGCGACCGAGGCUAGCGGUCUGGUAUCGGUGUUGUUAGAGGGUCCGCCUAACAGCGGUAAGACUGCCUUAGCGGCUCAACUGGCGAAGUUCUCCGACUUCCCAUUUGUCAAGGUCUGCUCGCCUGAAGACAUGGUUGGUUUUACUGAAACCGCCAAAUGCUUGCAGAUUCGAAAGUACUUCGACGACGCAUACCGCUCGAGCCUGUCCUGCAUCCUGGUGGAUAACAUCGAGCGUCUCCUCGACUACGGACCCAUCGGCCCGCGCUACUCCAAUCUAACGCUGCAGGCUCUACUUGUCCUGCUGAAAAAGCAGCCGCCAAAAGGCAGGAAGCUGCUUAUUUUGUGCACCAGCAGUCGGAGACAGGUGCUGGAGGACAUGGAGAUGCUGUCGGCGUUCACGGGCGUGCUGCACGUGCACAACCUGUCGCAGCCCGAGCACGUGCUGGCCGUGCUGGAGCAGAGCGACGCCUUCUCGCGCCGCGACCUCGCCGCCAUCAAGCGCGACCUGCGCGGCGCCAAGAUCUUUAUUGGCAUCAAAAAGCUGCUGGCUCUGGUGGACAUGGUGAAACAGACCGACGAAGAUUCAAGAGUAGUUAAAUUUCUCACAAAGCUGCAAGAGGAGGGUGGACUCGACCUCGGAACCAGUAUUCAUUAAGAUUUAUUGCAACCUUAGGGAUUACAUACGCAUACCACACGCACGCCCUCA